AUGGAGAGGGAGUACGACGUGAUCGCGCUGGGCACAGGCCUCAAGGAGUGUAUUCUCGCCGGCAUCAUGUCUGUGAAUGGGAAGAAGGUGCUGCACAUUGAUCGGAACCCUUACUACGGGGGCGAAAGCGCCUCCAUUACGCCCCUGGAAGACUUGUACAAACGCUUCGAGCUCAGCGAGGGGCCUCCCGAGAGCCUGGGCAGGGGCCGAGACUGGAACGUGGACUUGAUCCCCAAAUUCCUCCUGGCCAGUGGCCAGUUGAUGACUAUGUUGAUGUACACAGAAGUGACCAAUUACCUAGAAUUUAAAGUGGUGGAGGGCACCUUUGUCUACAAGGGGGAUGAGAUCUACAGGGUGCCAUCCACCGAGACUGAGGCCUUGUCCUUCAGCCUUUUGAGCAUGUUUGAAAAAAGCCAGUUUAGAAAGUUCCUGAUGUUUGUGUCAGCCUUUAAUGAGGAUGAACCUGAGAGCUUUGAGGGUGUUGACCCUCAGACCACAACCAUGAGAGAUGUGUACGAGAAGUUUGAUUUGGGCCAAGAUGUUAUUGAGUUCGUUGGCCAUGUCCUGGCACUCCACCAAACUGACGACUACUUGGACCAGCUCUGCCUUGAGACCAUCAAUCGCAUCAAACUCUACAGCAGGUCCCUUAGCCAGUAUGGGCAGAGCCCAUACCUGUACCCUCUCUAUGGCCUGGGAGAGCUAUCUCAGGGAUUUGCAAGAUUGAGCGCCAUCUAUGGUGGGGUAUACAUACUGAACAAACCUGUGGAUGACAUCAUCAUGGAGAAUGGAAAAGUGGUGGGUGUGAAGUCAGAGGGGAAGGUGGCUCAUUGCAAGCAGCUGAUCUGUGACCCCAGCUAUAUCCCUGAUAGGGUUCGAAAGACUGGCCAGGUCAUCCGAGUCAUCUGUAUCCUCAGCCACCCCAUUAGAAACACUGAUAAUGUUAAGUCCUGCCAAAUCAUCAUUCCCCAGAAUCAGGUCAACAGGAAAUCAGACAUCUAUGUGUUCAUGAUCUCCUAUGCCUUUAAUGUGGCUGCCCAGAGGAAGUACAUUGCUAUUGUCAGCACCACAGUGGAGACAGUAGAGCCUGAGAAGGAGAUCGAGCCAGCUCUGAGGCUGUUGGAACCUAUAGAUCAAAAGUUUGUGGCCGUCAGUGACUUGUAUGAGCCAACAGACGAUGGAUUGGAAAGUCAGAUAUUCUGUUCUCGUUCUUAUGAUGCCAGCACUGACUUUGAGACAACCUGUAGUGAUAUCAAAGAUAUUUACAGGCGCAUGACUGGGACAGACUUUAACUUUGAAGACUUGAAGCAAAGAAAGAAUGAUGUCUUUGGAGUGGAUGAACAGUGA